UAAACAUCAGCACGCAGUAGUUAGUCCGCGGCUAACAAGCGCUCGCUCCUCUCCCCCAGUGUUUCACUCGUCGGCAGGGAAAGCGGCGGCACAAAGGCUGCUCCGGCUCCUGGCCGCGCUGUGUGUCCUCGGCCUGCUGGGGGGAGUGGCCGUGGGAGUGUGGUACAUCGUGAAGCUGAUGUUGAAGCCUACCUCCUCUCAGAGCCCGGCUGGGCUAGGGGACACAAAAGAGACGUCCUUCUGUAAUGUGACAGAGGACAUAGCUGUGGCAGACCCCCGCAAAGUUUUUUACAGGAUCAGUGCCGAGAACUCACUGCUGGAGAUCCAGCUGGAGAGGCUGCCCACCUGGCUGCCCGUCUGCUACGAGCGCUGGAACUCCUCGCUGGGCACUCUGGUGUGCCGACAGCUGGGCUACCUCAGGUUGACCAAACAUAAAGGAGUCAAUUUAACUGACAUUGGACCAAAUUACAAAGAUGGGUUUGUUCAGAUCACCUCAGAACACAAGGCCAGUCUGGAGAGCUUAUGGCAGUUCAGGGGAAGCUGCAGCACAGGAAAGGUUAUAGCUCUGAAGUGUUUUGAGUGUGGCACUCGCGCCAAGCUGCCUCGGAUCAUCGGGGGGGUGGAGGCUACGCUGGGCAGGUGGCCGUGGCAGGUGAGCCUCUACUACAGCAACAGACACACCUGUGGAGGCUCCAUCAUCACCAGCCACUGGAUCAUCACCGCAGCGCACUGCGUGCACAACUACAGACUACCUCAAGUGUCCAGUUGGGUGGUCUAUGCUGGGAUUGUGACUCGAAACUCAGCCAAGAUGGCGGAGUACACAGGCCAUGCCGUGGAGAGGAUCAUCUACAACAAGAACUACAACCACAGGAGUCAUGACAACGACAUCGCACUGAUGAAACUCAAAACGCCUAUGAACUUCUCAGACACCGUCAGACCUGUGUGCCUGCCCAAGUACGACCUCGACCUGCCUGGAGGGACCCAGUGCUGGAUCUCAGGCUGGGGAUACACUCAGCCUGACGAUGUUCAUAUUCCAGAUACGCUGAAGGAGGCGCCGGUGCCCCUCAUCAGCACCAAGAAGUGCAACAGCUCCUGCAUGUACAACGGAGAGAUCACGUCCAGAAUGCUGUGUGCGGGGUACACGGAGGGCAAAGUGGACGCGUGCCAGGGGGACAGUGGCGGUCCGCUGGUGUGCCAGGAGGACGGCGUGUGGAGGCUGGUUGGGGUGGUGAGCUGGGGGACCGGCUGCGCUGAGCCUAACCACCCUGGAGUCUACACCAAAGUGGCCGAGUUCCUGGGCUGGAUCUACGACAUGAUCGAGGAUUAUUGAGGGAGGAGGAGAGCGGAGAUCUGCACUCAACCCAACCAAAGGACGGAGAGAGCUGACUGGAGAGAGGGUGGGCCUUCUCCCCACAAAGAGCAGCUCUUUGUGUUACACACACAAGGCUCAAGACUAAAGAACCUGCAGUGUGUGUGUGUGAGGGGGUCCUCUUCUGUAAAAAACUGCUGAUCUUCUGUAAAAAACUGCUGACCUUAUUGGGGAAGGUCAAACCCCAACUGACCAACCCCCACCCACUCCUCCGACCCCCAUUACAACCCCCCCCCCCUGACCUGACCCCCGCUACAACCCCCCGACCCCCGCUACAACCGUGGACUGGAGCAAAGCCCAUCUCUUCACCUCUACCUCUGCCAUUUUUAAAGUUAUUAGCUCAUUUAAUUUUUUUGUACACUAUUUUACAAACAAAUCAGCAAAACUGAUAACAGUAAUAAUGAUUAUAGAUGUUGGUCACUCAUGUCUCGCGUACUGUAUUGGAGUCCUCAAUAAAAGUGCAUGUGUAUGCAAAAUCAUUUUAUGUCAAUCAAAUAAACUUGUGAUGGGAUAC